AUGAAUUACGGCGCCAUUGGGUUUGUGAUUGGUCACGAGAUCACUCACGGUUUCGACGACCAAGGCAGGAAGUACGACAAGCAGGGUAACCUGGUCGACUGGUGGGCCAGGAAGACGAAGAAACGCUUCUUGGAGAAGGUGUUGUGCAUCAUCAAACAGUACGGAAAUUACACGGUUGAUGAGGUCGGACUCAAGGUGUGUUGUGUUCAAUUUUGGUAUAUUAUGAUAACGUUUUCCGCAGAUGCAUUUCGAGGUCGAAUUUAUCGCUCGUCUAAAAUUUCAUAUUUCUCGAAUUUCGAAUAG